AUGAAUGAGAGAACCACAGAGAAAGACGAACAGAGUCGUACGAUCAUUUUGCCCCAUUGCACAUGGGACAAAUUCGGAGACAUUCUCGCCAACAAUGGGGGAAAACUGUAUGGUUUGUUUGAUGAGAUGAUCUCAUUCUUUUCCACGAUGAACAUGUAUUCUUCUUCGCGGGCCGCAGUACAGGAUAACCGGGAGUACCAAGAUUUUUUAAAAAUGUUUACCGGCAAAGGAAAGACUAGAGAAACCAGUAAGUCAUCCCGCUACUGUUUAUUUCCAACAUCCAUCUGCAUGGUUUCCGCCAGUCUGGUAGAAUAUUAUAGCAAACAGCCAUAUUUUUGAGAUCAGUGAGGUCCACCCAAGAACCAUAGUGACGCGCCCGCGAUACUUCAUGAACUUUAGACUUCGCUAGUGCUUUCCUUUCCUCGGGUGUAAAUAGCCGGGCGGAAUUAGUACCCUUGCCCCGGGCUUACGCCCUGAACGGCGCUCCGUGCCGUUGCCUCGGGGAUAAACCGUACAUAUAUAUCUACAGUAACAUACAAUUGUGAAUUUUGCACGACGCUAUAGAUAUCGGGUGGAAAACCACAUUAAAUACAGAUAAUUUUAUACAAUUCUUUAUUACUACAGACAACUCUAUAAUGCAUUCAUUAUUUAACUGUCUUUUAUUGAUUUUCACUUCUUUUUCAGUAACGGGAAAUGCCAACUUUAACAUGUCCCAGACUUCCCUAACGUUACUAGGGUUCACUCAACCACAGUCGGCAUUGCCAAUUAUACACAACCCGCAAAAUAAUGCCAAGGGUUUCACCUCAAGGAUACUUUGGUAUUUUCCCAAACCUAUUUACAGUCGCUUGAAAGAUCUUGAGCUGACAACAGAAGAGAUGCAAAUAGCAAAGGAGGGUGAAGAGAUGUUACGUAAGUAACUUUAAAUAACAUAACUAUAUAGUUUGUCAUAUACAAAUUCAGGACUCCUAACGAAACCCAAACUUUCUAGUACAGGAUUCAUGCAUGUUGCCAUUCAGACACAUGACGCCGACGUCUUGCUUUUCAUCCGUACAGGAAAUUUUCGAUCCGAAAAAAAUGAGGAGAAACUAUAUAGUUUCUAUAUUCUAACCUUUUCCGUUUAGCCAGAAAUGGAGGAUGUUGUGUAAAGGAGGUUGCACUCCCAAUUCUUAAGGGAAAGGAAUUUUCGACAUCUUAGUUUCUCCGAACAUCGCUUGGCUUCUUCGUUAUAUGUUCUCGCUUAUAUUCAAUAAAUUUCCCAUCCAUUUUUUAGUUCAAAUGCUUGCUAACUUGUACCUGGCUGCGGAAGACACAUUCACCAUCACUGAAAACGACAAAAUUGUUGAUGUCAAGGUGACGCGUGACAGAUAUAGUUUAUCUGAAGACGCCAAACAUCUAUUUGCAAAAAUUCACGACGACUGGGAAAUAAAUUUGUGUCAGAAGUAUCAUUACGACACACUUAUAAGUGGUAAGUCUUUAAACCAAAACGCUAACGCUAUGUUCUUCCUACUAUUGACCCAAACGUUUGACCUAACUGAAAUACUCCAAACAAACAUAGCAAAUUUAUUUUUUCCGUCAAUCUAUUAGCUUCAAGUAGGCACAUAUGUAUACAUUUUCGUUGUUACUGACAAAGAUCACGAUAGUGCCAAACACAUAUCUUUUAUGCAAUUAAGAAGACAUUUUUUAAUGCCACGUAACAUUCAGUUACGCUCAAUUUGACUUAAUUAAAAAAUUUUAAUGUUUUUUUCCAUCAGCAAAAACACUUCAACACAAAUCAUUGUGAGUGCAUAAACGAGUAUUCUAGAAAAUAUAAUGAUAGACUGAAACAAGUAACCUCUUAUAUAUAAUACCAUCACGUGUUACCUUUUUUAAACUUUCUUCUUGAAAUGCUGAAUAUGUUAGUCGACGGUGCACAUUUCCUUAGUCAACUCCGUCAUGAAUACGUUAUUUUUUAGGUCUAUUCGCUAGAGGAAAUUCCCACGUGAUACGGUUAGCAGUACCAUUACACCACCUUUUUGAAGUUUUCAAAGACGAUGAUGUUGAAGAUGGAAACACAGGAAGUCAAGACAACCACUAUACGAUGGCGUAUGACGAUGAUGAUGUCGAUAUUAUUCCUGAUUCCCUUCAACAAGACGCAAGCUCAACAUCAUCCCAGCAAGCUCAUUCUACACCAACCGAAAGGGUAGUCAAGGCACCAGCUAUAAUGGCGGCACACUCCAUUGUCGACAGUUGUUUGCGCCAUUGUUGUAAGUAUUUUUAA